AUGGCUUCUCCCACCAUUGUGCUCAUCACCGGUGCCAGCCGUGGCAUCGGCCGCGGCAUCUUUGAGCUGUACGUCGCAAAGCCCAACCACACCGUCAUUGCCGCCAACCGCAACCCCGACGACGGCCCCUCGCAGGAGCUGCUCAAGCUGCCCACGGCCGCGGGCACGACUGUCCAGCUCGUCAAGGUCGACGCGACCAAUGACACGGACGCGCUCAAGGCUGCUGAGACGCUCAAGUCGAGAGGCAUCAACCACGUGGACAUUGUCAUUGCCAAUGCCGGCAAGGCGACCGCCUGGCCGAAGCUGGAGGAUGCCAAGAUUGCGGAUAUUCAGGACCACAUUGACACCAACGUCUAUGGCUUCGUUCGUCUUUACCAGGCAUUCUUGCCGUUCCUCAAGGCAUCCAAGGACCCCAAGCUCGUUGUGAUUGGCUCCAGCGCGGCAUUCUUGACGGCAAGUAUCCAGUACCCCUCCCAUCGCAUCUCCAUGCUAACAUUACAUAGUGAGAAUGCGAUUCCCUUCCCCAACGCCGUCUACGGCCCUACCAAGAUCCUUCACCAUUGGUACGCCAGGACCAUUGCCAUUGCCGAGACUUGGCUGACAGCGUUCCCCAUCGAUCCCGGCUUUGUCCAAACUGAAAUGGGUAACCGCGGCGCCCGCGCCUUUGAUCUCGAGCAGGCUAGCAUCACCGUCGAUGAGAGCGUGCAGGGUGUUGUCAAGGUCAUUGAUGCUGCCACCAAGGAGACGCACUCGGGCAAGCUUUGGCUGUGGACCGGCCAGCAGGAGCCUUGGUAG